AUGUCGCAUGCUUUGAACGAUGAUCAGGUUGCCGGAGAGCUCCGGAAGAUGGUCGACUUCAUCCAAAAAGAAGCCGAGGAGAAGGCCAAGGAAAUCGAGCUGAAGGCCAACGAGGAGUACGAGAUUGAAAAGGCCAACAUCGUGCGAGCUGAGAGCUCCAACAUCGACACCCAGUACGCCGUCAAGGCUAAGCAGGAGUCUCUGUCGCAGCAGAUCACCAAGUCUACCAUCAACAACAAGGCUCGUCUCCGAGUCCUUGGCGCCCGACAGGAGGUUCUGGAUCAGUACUACGAGGCUGCGGGCAAGCAGCUCAAGGACGCCUCCAAGGACAAGUCUAAGUACACCACUGUCCUGCAGGGUCUUAUUACCGAGGGAGCCUACACUCUCCUGGAGCCUGUCAUUUACGUCCGAGCCCGAAAGGCCGAUCAGGAUAUCGCCAAGGGCACUUUUGAUGCUGUUUCCAAGGCCUACGAGAAGGAGACUGGCUCCAAGGUCGAGGUUAAGCUUGACGACGAGGUUCUCCCCGCCGAGUCUUCUGGAGGAGUCAUUGUGUUCAACGGUACCAAGAAGAUUUCCGUCGACAACACCCUUGAGGAGCGACUCAAGCUUCUGUUUAUUGAGAAGCUUCCUGCCAUCAGAACCGACAUUUUCGGACCUUCCCCCACCAGAAAGUUUUUUGAUUAA